AUGGCUGGUGGUCUCGUCAAGUACCGGCAUCUGAGCCGCAACUCUGCGGCUCGAAUGGCCCUGUUGCGCGGUCUCGUCACCCAGCUCGUCAAAUAUGAACACAUCCACACCACUUAUGCAAAGGCAAAGGAGGCCCAGCGCAUGGCGGAGAAGCUGAUUACCCUGGCCAAGAGGGACAAUGAGCCCUCGCGGAGAUCAGCACAGGGCAUCCUAUACACGCCACACAUCCUCCUCCCUAAGCUUAUGGGAGAGCUAAGGAACCGAUACCUCACGCGUGAGGGAGGCUACACCCGUGUCGUCCGCACAGAGUCCAAGAACACCUACGACCAGGGCGAGAGCGCCAUCCUCGAGUUCGUCGACGGCCCCAAGGACUCGCGCUUCAUGAUGACGGCCAAGACGGUCGCCCGCGACCGCAUGCUCGGCCAGGAGCACACCCCCGUCACCCGGACCAACAUCAAGAAGGUGACACAGUUCCGCGGCCAGGAGCCUUUUGAGGAUAUGGUACAAAAGUUCCUGCUCCUCAAGGUCGAAGGAGACAACGUCGCCAGCGACGCCAGCGAUGCCAAGCCCCGAGAUGAGAGCAGCUUGGCAGAGGUCGAGGCCGAGAAGACGGCGGAUAAGAACGCCGAGAAGGCGAGGGAGAUGGCGGCAGGCAUUGUGCCAGAGUCAGUCAAGAAGGCGACACAACAACCAAAGAGCUCAUGA